GCGUUUCCACCGAGUCUCUGAGUCCUUAACGGGCACGGAAGCGAACCCAUCUGUCAAAUAGAUUUUAAUAAAUCUGACUCAAACGCUCGUUUGGCCGAAACAAAACACAAAACGGUACUUAACCAUGGACUCUCCACGCUGGCUGCCUUUGGAGUCAAACCCAGAAGUCAUGACUAAGUUUGUGAGCUGUUUGGGUCUGAGACCAACCUGGCAGUUUGGGGAUGUGUAUGGACUGGAUCCAGAGCUUCUCAGCUUGGUACCAAGACCCGUGUGUGCAGUGCUGCUCCUCUUCCCGGUCACAGAGAAGUAUGAAGCAUUUAAGCAAGAAGAGGAGGAGAGACUCAAAGGCCAGGGACAAGAAGUCUCCCCUGAUGUCUACUUUGUCAAGCAAACCAUUGGGAAUGCUUGUGGAACGAUAGGAUUAAUUCAUGCAGUGGCAAACAACCAGAAAUACCUGGAAUUUGAGCCCAACUCUCCUCUUCAGAAGUUCCUCGAACAAACAUCCAAAAUGACACCUGAAGAAAGAGCUGUGUUCCUGGAGAAAGAUGAGAGUAUACGCGUCACACAUGAAUCCAGCGCACAGGAGGGACAAACUGAGGCUCCAAGUUUAGAUGAAAAAGUGAAUCUGCAUUUUAUAGCUUUUGUGAAUGUUGGAGGACAGUUAUAUGAGCUGGAUGGACGGAAACCUUUCCCGGUUGCUCAUGGGAAAACUACAGAAGAUUCUUUCCUUGAGGAUGCUGUGGAGGUUUGUAAGAUCUUCAUGGCCCGUGAUCCUCAGGAGGUUCGCUUCACCAUCAUUGCCCUCUCCAAAGAUUAAUUCUGAGGAAACAAAUUCAGUCCAUGAAAGCAAAAACAUGACUGCCAAACAUUCUUAAGUGCUGAUUAUUCUGUAAUUCUGCUUGAAAUGUCAGAACACCAGAGAUGGUAUUUAAAUGAGUUGAAGUGAAAGUGUUCAUCAAUUGUAAAGCCAAUAGAAACUUGACAUCACAGUGUGUUUGGUUACGUUCUGUGUUACAAUCCAUCACAUUACUCUCACUGGAUUGUUGAUGGUCUGAUCUGUUCAUUUAAGGCUUUAAUGUCACAAUAUCCAGUGAAGGUGCCUACUUUUUUUGUGAUGAUUACAAAAUCUGUCAAAUAAAAGGCGUGUUUAUUAAACACA